AUGCCGAACACAACAAUACGCAAGCCCUCCAAGGGAUUUGCCCGCCGUGGCGGCAAGAAGGCAUUCCACGGUCGACGCACCCAGACCUUCGCCGCCUCCUCCCGCGCCGAAGGUACAUCCGCCGACGAGAAAGCCGAACGGGCCGCCCUCGCGCAACAGAUCGACGAGUCCAUGGGCUUCGCCAGAUAUGAAUCCGGCCGGCGGAAAGAAGGUUGGCUUGUCAACGUGCAGCCGACGACGGUGGCGCUUGAGGAUGAUGGCGGCCGCGCGGCGCUUGACUGCUACUUCAUCGAGGAGGAAGGCACUACGUUCAAAGCUACCAUCGAGUAUGAGCCGUACUUUCUGGUUGCCGUGCGGAAGGGUCAUGAGCCGGAGGUGGAAGAGUGGGUGAAACGGGUGCCAGGUGGUGGCGUGGUCAAGUCGGUGAAAAGAAUCGACAAGGAGGACUUGAGUAUGCCGAAUCACUUGCUUGGAUACCGGAGGACGUUCCUAGAGUUGCGGUUCAAGAAUGUGAGCGACUUGUUGGGGUGCCGGCGCGACAUUAUGCCAGUGGCCGAGAAGAACCGGAAACAGAUGGGUGCGGUGGAUGUUUAUGCUGAGGUUGCUGCUGAACAAGCAGGGUUCGACCUUUUUGACGACUCACGAAAUGAUGACAGACGACAUAAUGCUUCCUUUUCCGAUGCGAGCGAUUAUCUUGUCGAUAUUAGAGAGUACGACGUGCCGUACCAUGUAAGAGUAAUGAUUGAUAUGAAUAUUAGAGUAGGAAAGUGGUACUUUAUUGAAGCAAAACACGGCGUCACCACCAUCGCUCUUGAUGAAGAGCGUCUCGUACAAGCCGAUCCCGUAGUGAUGGCGUACGAUAUUGAGACAACGAAACUCCCGCUCAAGUUUCCCGAUGCUGCCAUCGAUCAGAUCAUGAUGAUUUCGUACAUGAUCGAUGGUAAUGGUUUUCUCAUUACGAAUCGCGAUAUCAUCUCGGAGGAUAUUUCCGAUUUCGAAUACACGCCGAGACCGGAAUACGAAGGCAGGUUCAUGAUUUUUAACGAGCCUGACGAGAAAGGCGUCAUCGAGCGAUUCUUCGAGCACAUCAAGAUGGCCAGGCCUACGGUUAUCGCAACGUACAACGGAGAUUUCUUCGAUUGGCCUUUUGUGGAAGCCCGGGCCAGUGUCAAUGGCAUUGACAUGUACCGCGAGAUCGGCUGGAAGAAGGACAGCGAGGAUAUCUACAAGUGCACCUACGGCGUCCACAUGGACUGUCUGGCCUGGGUGAAUCGAGACUCGUACCUUCCCCAGGGCAGUCGAGGUUUGAAGGCCGUCACUGUCGCCAAGCUGGGCUACGAUCCGGAUGAACUCGACCCGGAGCUGAUGACGCCGUAUGCCGCCGAGAGACCACAAACCUUGGCUGAAUACUCCGUUUCCGAUGCUGUGGCCACAUACUACCUGUACAUGAAGUACAUCCAUCCCUUUAUUUUCUCGCUAUGUACGAUUCUACCCCUAGGAGGCGACGAUGUGCUGCGGAAAGGAACGGGCACCCUAUGUGAGAUGUUGCUCAUGGUCCAGGCUUAUGAGAAAGGUAUUGUGCUGCCCAACAAGCACGCCUCGCCCAAGGAGGCUUUCUGGGAUGGUCAUUUGCUCGAGGCGGAGACUUACGUCGGUGGUCACGUCGAGAGUAUCGAGGCUGGUGUGUUCCGUGCCGAUAUUCCAGUCAACUUUGCUGUAGAUCCUGGCGCCAUCGAUGACCUUAUCAGUGAGCUCGAUGCUGCCUUGGUUUUCAGUAUCACAGUUGAGGAGCAUAAGUCCAUUGAUGACAUAGCCAACUACGAUGAGGUCAAGACGCAGAUCUUAGAAAGGUUGCAGCAGCUAAGAGAUACACCGAAUCGGAGCGAGCGACCCCUAAUUUACCAUUUGGAUGUCGCAUCCAUGUACCCCAAUAUUAUGACCACGAACCGAUUGCAGCCCGAUUCCAUGAUCGAGGAGUCGGAUUGCGCGGCUUGCGAUUUCAACCGACCUGGCAAGACGUGCGACAGACGGAUGCCUUGGGCCUGGCGUGGCGAGUAUCUGCCAGCAAAGCGAGAUGAGUACAAUAUGAUACGGCACGCGUUAGAGAAUGAGAAGUUCCCGGGAAAGUGGCCCAACUCACCAAUGCGCACAUUCCAAGAUCUGUCAGAGGAAGAGCAAGCUACGAUCACGAAGAAACGACUGGCAAUGUACAGUCAAAAAGUGUACCACAAGAUCCGCGACCAGACAACGAUUCAACGGGAGGCCAUUAUUUGUCAGCGGGAGAACCCCUUUUACAUCAACACCGUCAGAGAUUUCCGAGAUCGACGUUAUGAUUACAAGGGCAAGGCCAAGGUAUGGAUAGGCAAGACCGAAGCGUUGAAGUCAUCGGGCGCUGCCAGUUCCGAAGUGGAUAGCGCGAAGAAGAUGAUUAUUCUCUUCGAUUCGCUACAGCUUGCCCACAAGGUCAUCCUCAACUCGUUCUACGGUUACGUCAUGCGAAAGGGGUCUCGGUGGUAUUCCAUGGAAAUGGCUGGUGUUACCUGUUUGACUGGCGCGCAUAUCAUUCAGAUGGCCAAGGAACUUGUCGAACGACUGGGACGGCCACUCGAGCUGGAUACUGAUGGUAUUUGGUGUAUGCUGCCCGCCACAUUCCCCGAGAACUUUGCGUUCAAGCUCAAGAACGGCAAGAAGUUGGCCAUCUCUUACCCCUGUGUCAUGCUGAACCACCGCGUCCACGCCAAGUUCACAAACCAUCAGUACCAGGAUCUCGUUGAUCCAAAGACAUUCAAAUACGAAACGCACAGUGACAAUUCCAUCUUCUUCGAAGUUGACGGCCCGUACAAAGCCAUGGUGCUCCCCACAUCCAAGGAGGAGGACAAGAACUUGAAGAAGCGUUACGCCGUAUUCAAUAAUGAUGGUAGUCUGGCUGAGCUGAAGGGUUUCGAGGUCAAGCGCAGAGGUGAGCUGAAGCUCAUCAAGAUUUUCCAACAGCAGAUCUUCAAAUUCUUCCUCGAAGGUGAGACACUGGCCGAGUGCUACGCCGCGGUGGCCAAGGUUGCGAACAGAUGGCUCGAUGUUCUGGAUAGCAAGGGAACUACGCUCGCCGACGAGGAGCUCAUUGAUCUCAUUUGCGAGAACAGGAGCAUGUCUAAAACCCUCGAAGAAUAUGGAACCCAGAAGUCUACCUCCAUCACUACUGCUAAGCGUCUAGCUGAGUUCCUCGGCGAGCAGAUGGUAAAGGAUAAGGGGUUGAACUGCAAGUAUAUUAUAUGCGCCAAGCCUCGAAGUGCACCAGUGACGGAACGCGCUAUUCCUGUGGCCAUCUUUUCUGCCGAAUCUGAGACGAAGCGCAAGUAUCUGACCAAAUGGCUCAAAGAGGAGCCAUCAGAUAUGGACCCUCGAGCGCUACUCGAUUGGGGCUACUACCUCGAGCGUCUCGGGUCUGUCAUUCAGAAGUUGAUUACCAUUCCGGCGGCGUUGCAAAAAAUCCGUAAUCCGGUGCCGAGAGUCCCGCAUCCAGACUGGCUGCAGAGACGAAUCAACAUCAAGGAUGACAAGAUGAAGCAGAAGAAGAUGACGGACAUGUUCACCAAGGGCCCGCUGGUGGAUAUAACAAAUCUUACCAGUAAACGACUGGAGGAUUUGGAGGACUUUGGAACCCAGCUUCUGAAGCCCAAGAAUACGACAGCUGCCAUCGCGGCCUCUCAAGUUGUGCCCAUGGCACAGAAACGGAAGUCCCCUGAACCGGAGAGGGAAAAUCUGGAUCCGUUCGCAGCCUUGCCAAAGACAAUGCCGAACCCAUCCGAGAACUACCCGGAGUUCCUGGAGUACCAGAAGCAGAAGUGGUCAAUCCAAAAGGCAGCCCGACUGCGCCGCCGCCAUCUCUUUGGUGAACGUCGUGGUAACGUGGGCAGCAACAUCCAGCAGACUUUCCGCAACCAGGCAGAGGUCACGUUUAGGAACACGUGGCAGCUGCUCCAGUUGAGGACGACAGAUAAUCCCGGUAUUGUCCUGGCGCACGUCCUGAUUGAUGCAAAGGUGCAUGCGCUCAAGGUCAAGGUACCAAGAACUGUCUUCUUGAAUCUUAAGGACAAGGACCUGCCCGACAUCGAAGUUGAAGGCUGUGAGGUUGAGCAGGUCAGCCACACACUGCCAAACGGUCACUCGUCUACACAUUUGUUUAAGUUGACCGUGCCCGAGGAUGUCUACUUUGCCGAAGCAGAUAAGUUCUCGUUACUAUUCAAUCACCCUAGUGUCGAAGGCGUGUACGAGAAGCAGGUCCCCCUCAACAUGCGAGCGGUAUUGCAAUUGGGCAAUCUAUGUACUAUUGACGAGAGCCAACCUGGUGUCCUUGGAAAAGGACUGGAACAGGGCUUCGAUCUGAGAAGCUUGAUGAGACCGCUGAAGCCUAAAGCAUACCUCGACUCCAGUCCGUUGGCGUAUCUCUACAUUUCGCACAUCACCUCUGGAGACAGGCAGAUCUUCGGCCUCUUCUCUACAACGGGUCAACAAGCGCAUGUUGUCAUUUUACAGAAGAACAAAGACGUCAGCUCGGAUUUGCCGAAUGUUUCGAGAAUCUACACUGAGAUGUUGACGAAACGCACCCAAGAGGCAGAAGGCACACCUUGGCAAAACUGCUUCACGUACCAGGAGACCCUCACCUUCAAGGUCACCCAGGUUACGACACGCCGCAAAGCACACCUCGAAAUUAGUGAUCUUAUCAAGAAGAUGAAGAAGGAUGAACUGCGUCCGUUGAUGCUUGUCAUCCAGUCUUCGCAGCGCAGUCAACUGGUGCACGACGUUCCCAUCCUCGCCGACUUCCCCAUUCUCCCUCUGCGGUAUGAUCAGGCGGACAGUGCGCUUCCACCCCUGGGCUGGCAGUCAUUCGUUGCGAAACGUCUGGUGACGAACUACCUAGGCCUAGGUCAAUGGAUAUUGCACUUGACAGCACUGGCACGAUAUGGCGACGUCCCGCUCUGCAACCUUGAACGUGAAGAUCCACGCUUUUUGAUCGAUAUUGCCUAUGCACGUCGUCUGCAAAUGAACAAUGUCGUGUUGUGGUGGUCCCCCGGACCCCGGCCGGACCACGCUGGCUACGAACAAGACGAUGUAACCGCUCCCCUAGACACUGUGUCGAUGCCGUCUGUCAACAACCCUGGCACAUACGCAUCCGUGUGCAUCGACCUCGAUGUCCGCAACUUGGCCAUCAACACAAUUCUCACCUCAUCCUUGAUCAACGAGCUCGAGGGAGCCGAUUCCAUCUCGUUCAACCCGGCUGCUGACUCUGGGGCUGACGGGUCCGAUACGCUUUACUCUGAAAGCGCCUUUGCGAAUGCAGGCGUGCUCGUCCUACGCGAAAUGGUCAAGUCGUGGUGGGCCGAAGCCUGCAAAGGCAGUACAAUGGCCGACGUCCUUGUUCAACAUCUCGUUCGUUGGGUUGAGUCGCCAGAUAGCUUCAUGUAUGACCGUGCUCUACACUACUACGUGCAGAUGAUGUCGCGCAAAGCAUUGCUGCAGCUAAUGGCCGACUUUCGGCGCGUGGGCAGCCAAGUUGUGUUCGCCAGCUCGAACCGGCUGCUGCUUCAGACAACCAAGGCAGAGGUUGGCAAUGCUUAUGCGUAUGGCCAGUAUAUCCUGAAGAGCAUCAAGAGCAAGUCAUUGUUUCAUUUCAUCGAUCUCGAGGUCAAGGAGUACUGGGACUACUUGGUGUGGUAUGAUGAGUUCAACUACGGCGGCAAGGCGUGCGAGGAGGUCGUUGAGGCCGAGACGCAGCAACUUGAGGUUGUCAUGUGCUGGCAGAUGAAGACUUUCUUGCCUGUUCGCCUGCAAGAUACCUUCCAGCACUGGGUUGUGCAAUUCAUCCAGCUCAUGCACAGUCUCAAACGACCAGGGACUCUGAGUACGGACUUGGAUUCUACUCAGAGAUUGACGCAGCUGCCGGUACGAAAUGGAACCCAAGAAGAAAUUGGAGGCGAGAAGGGUGUCAUUAUACUCACGAAGGAUUUCGAGAAGCCUUUGACGAAAGAGAUCAAGUCUCUCGUCAACACACAGACGAGAGAGAUGUUGCAUCCUGAACUGGCAUCUGACUGGUCCUUUCCCGUUCUGCCAGGCAGCCAGGCCACCCCCACAGCCGCCGCAACCAAGACCUCUUCGAAAAACAAAUCAUACAACCCCAACCGCAACAAGAAUGCCGUCCUUGAGCUCGUCAAGUCCCUCAUGCAAGUACUCUCCCUCGAUAAGAACAUCGUCAUGGAAGCCCGCCUCCUGCGCAAAGAACUCCUCGCCCUCUUCGACGUCCGCGAGUUCUCCAAGGAAGGCACCUUUGCCAACCCCAGCGCCAGCCUCAAGCUACCCCAGUGGAGCUGUCCCGAGUGCACUCUCGCGCGCGACUGGGACCUCUGCCGCGACGAGGCGCUCAUGCCUGAUAUAUCGGCCCUCAACAUUGAUGGUCUGGAUUCUAACCAGAUCCAGGCCGAGAUGCGCAAGGCUGCCUCUAGCAAGGCGUGGCGAUGCACGUAUUGUACGGCGGAAUUCGACAGGUUGCGGAUUGAGGAGAAGUUGCUGGCAGAUGUAGAGAGGACGGUCAUUGAGUGGACGACUCAGGAUUUGAAGUGCGUCAAGUGCGGGAGUCUGAGGUUGAACGAGUUUGCGGAGCAUUGUACUUGCUCGGGCGCGUGGGGGGAGAGUGUCAAGAGGGAGGAGAUCGUGAAGAAGCUGAGAGUGUAUGAGGGCGUGGCGGAUUGGUUUGGGUUGAGGAUGCUGGGGGCGGUUGUGGGGGAGGUUAUGGGGGGAGUAUAG